AUGACUAAGAAAGUGCUUGUUUUUAUUGCUAAUGGAAGUGAAGAAAUUGAAGCAGUAACAACAAUUGAUGUACUUCGAAGAGCUGAAAUCGAAGUUGAUGUUGCAUCAAUUGAAAAAAAUGGUCAUGAUGCUGUAAAAUGUAGCCGUAAUGUUCGUGUUGUACCUGAUAAAUCAUUGGAUGAAGUAAAAAAUAAUCAAUACGAUUGUGUUGUUAUUCCUGGUGGCAAUGAUGGAUCAAAAGCCAUAGCUGCUAAUGCUGAAGUUGGACAAAUUUUAACGAAACAUUAUCAAGAUGGAAAAAUUGUUGCUGCUAUUUGUGCUGGACCACGAGCAUUAUUAUCUCAUAAAAUUGGUGUUGAUCAUAAACAUACAAUAACAUGUUAUCCAACUGUACGCAAAGAAUUUACUGAUGGUGAACCAUAUAAACUUGAAGCACCUGAUCAUCUUGUUUGUCAUAGUAAACAUACAGAAGAAAGUGGCGAAAAAAAAGAAUAUCAUUUAGUUACAAGUCAAGGACCUGGUACAACCAUGGUUUUCGCAUUGAAAUUAAUUGAACUUCUUAAAGGCAAAGAUGAAGCAACAAAAGUUAAAGAUGGAUUACUUGUUUAA